GAGUCCAACCUUUACUUGAAGGAUCCGUCCUACUGGAACUACUGGGAUCGGCCAACAAAGCCUGGAUAUCCUGCAGAUGACCAGGUGCAGAGCUAUGUGACAUCACCCCCAGCUGUUUGGUGGGAACAGCGCCGAUUGUGGAGACAGAAAUGGAAGCAGCUUGGAACAGGAGAUGAAGGAGAGGCCAUCUUUCCGUACAGUGGUCAACCUCCACCUGGCUGGAAUGGGCGUUGUGUGAAGGAGCCUGGCCUCUUGAAGGCAGACUGGGGACGACCUAAGCUAUGGUGGGAAUGGUUGGAAGGACCGCAAGAUCCUUUGGACUGGAAGAGUGGUCUGGCUUCUGCUGUAAAAUCAGCUGCUGGAGAUUUUCUGGGCCAAUUCUGGGACGAUGAAAAGUGUACGCUCCCUAUCAAGCUCAGCUCUCCUGUUUCCAAAUACUGGGCAGAAGAUGGGCAAGCAGGCUUCGACUUGGAGCAAACAGGGGCACCAUGGCCGAGAAGAGGUACCUACCGCAGAAACAAAGCUGAUCAGAAGGUCUAUGCAGACUGGGACCAGGAGAAGUGGUUGGCAGAGCACACCUUGCGGCGUUCCACCCAGAAAGGCUUCCCAAGGGCAUUGACGCCUCGUGGCCUGGAGAAUGCAACUCCUCGCUUCGAGGACAGGUUUGGAGAAGAUGAGCCAGCUACACUGGACCCACAUUUACCUCGACCUGCAAGUUUGCCCGACCUUCGGCAGUAUCCAGCUUCACAGCAGGAGGCUAUGAUGAAAGAUGCGCGGAUGGAGUCAUUCGAUGGAAAUGUCGACGCUCUUGGCCUGGCGAGCAUGGGCACAGAAAUGCUUGGCAUGGAUCUGCUGGACAUGAAAGCAUACAAGAGGCUUCUGCAGGCUGAGCCGGAAUGGGUGGACAAAUUCAUGCAAGGUAAAGUAAGCCAAGAGCAGCAUCCUGUGGCAUACGGCGUUGAUGAGAAGACCUUCGAACUCCUGAAAGAACCGAAGCAUCCACUGAUCCAUCCUACUCCACCUCCCUGGAAUGCAGCCAAUGUGCUGAAAGAAUUUCCGACCUUUGAACAAGUGUGGAAGGGAAGGAUGAAGCGAGCACUUGAUGCAGCAGCCAACAUGAGCCGCUUCUCAGGCAGCGCGGCCAGAGAGGCGCAAGAUGAGUUGGACCAUACAUGGCAACAACUCAGCAAGAAGCCAGACAACUCCGCAAGAGGUCUCAUCCAGCGUGCAGAGGCAGAAGCCGAAGCAGAGAGAGGAGCUGAGCCUCCAGUGGUGACAGCCAAUCAGGAGUCGGAGGUCCGCAUGAAUGCCAUGUCAACUGCCAAUGCUGCUGACGUCUCGCGAGUGGCAGAGGAUCCUUUGGAGCGUGUUGCGGCGCGGGGCACUGGUCUAACGAAGGGCGCGGACGCGACGCUCCCGGAUGCAGAGAAGAUGGACUUUCAGGACAGCAGCAGCUCAUCACAGAGAGGUGCGACAAACGCCCAACAAACCUCCCAGAGAUCGGUUAGUUCUUCCAGCCAGAGUCAGGACGCCUACGCCUCCAUCUCUGGGACCUCCAAAGUGGACCCUGUUGCCGAUCCACUCGAGUCAUCUCUACCAGCAGAGCUCGUUUUUUGGACGUGCUUCAGUCGACAAGGAUGGAUGCUGCCUCCAGGCAGACUCAGUUCCUUUCUGUAG